GGGGGGGUCAGAGCGAAGAACCGACUAGAAUGCUCGCGCUUUUUAACUUGCGCGCACUAACUCACGGAGGCUACCAGAGCAACCAACAGACAACAUUUGAUCUGUGGGAAAUAUUACAAGAAUGUAAUGUUCCAGAAAAGCGGAAACAAAACGGGAAAGUCUCGGUGAAAGUGAGAAUUUGGGAUAUGAAGCUUCAAGCCGCAAUUUAUAGCCUAAGUAUCCUGAAUGGAAGGCUCAUUACCAUUUCAGUUGGAGCGACGGUUCAGGAAAUGAACACAUUUUUGGAGGAAACCCUAUUGAUAUCAUCAUAAUUAUUUCUACCGAAAUUGAUCACAAUAAACACUUGAGAUGGAGAAUCGGAUUUUGUUUACUUGUAUACUGGUUGGAAUGUUCCUGCGGAAAUCCUGUGGUCAAAACUCAGCAACUGAAGAAGUGUUGAACUGCUGUGAGGGCGACAUCCUCUUCCUAUUGGACUCCUCAGGCAGCGUCUCAUCCUAUGAGUACUCCCGCAUGCUGGGCUUCCUGUCCGAGCUCCUCCUCCCCUUCUCAUUGGGCGAGGACCAGGUGAGGGUGGGGCUACUGCAGGUGGGCACCCAACCCCGCCUCGAGUUUGGCUUUGACGCCCACAAUACCCAAUCUGGCCUCCAGGAGGCACUGGGGAACACCAAGGCUCUGAGGGGCGACACCAAUACAGAGGAGGCCCUCAGGAUGGCCAAGGACUGGGUGCUGAAGCCUGGAGGGGCCAGGGGGGCCAGGGCAGAGCUACCCAGGGUUCUAGUGUGGCUGACGGACGGGGUGAAGCCGGGUGAUGUGAUUGGACCAAUGGAGGAGCUGAGAGAGGAGGGCGUAGCCGUUCUGGUGAUCUCCACGGGCCACGGGAACUACCAGGUGCUGCGGCAGGUGGUCACCCCACCUGUGGAGUCACACCUGUACUUUGUGGACAUCGACGAUAUGAGUAUCAUCACCGAGGACCUGAGGGAUGCCAUUAUUGAGAUCCUCUGGGCUGAACGGCUCCAGGUGCGAGAUGUGUCCACAGACAGCGCUGUGCUGCAGUGGCGACCGGUUCUGGCCGGAUUGAACGGUUAUUAUGACAUCCGGUUUGGACCGGCUCCCAGUGGGGGAGUAGUUGGAGGAGGAGCAGGGGGGCCUGGUACCAGCCCCAGUACCAGCGGUGGCCAGUACCAGAGACUCACCCAGCCAGGGGACUCUAGCACGGCCAGGCUGACGGGACUAAAGCCAGACACCACCUACACAGCCACACUGACUCCUGAGUCCAACCUGCAGGUGCUCAACCCCCUCUCCGUCACCUUCACCACUAAGCCAGAGGUGUUGAGCCCAGCCGUGGUGACGGUGUCGGACUCAGAGGCCAAUAGUGUGAGGGUGAGCUGGGGUCCUCUGCAGCCAGAGUCUGUCCAGAGCUUCCAGGUGGAGUACUCAGCGCUCCCGGGGGGGAAGCUCCACAUGACUACUGUGGGCCGGGGGCAGAACUCCACCAUGCUGACCAACCUCCAGCCAGACACCCAGUACUUGGUCACCGUGAGCGCCCGUCACUCCUAUGGCCAGGAGAGGGCCAUGUCUGUCAAAGUGUGCACUGAGGAGGUGAGGCCGGAUCUUGCAGACCUGCGGCUGACCACGGUGGGCAGUGACUCUGUGCAGGUGGACUGGAAAGCCAGCAUGGACGGCCUCAGGGGCUACUGGCUCACCUGGGAGGGACAGGACGGCCACGGCUCUACCACCGCCCAGCGCUCCUCCUUCUACCUGCCCCCCAACUUACUGUCCACACGUCUGACACACCUGCCCCCCGCCACCAGAGUGUGUGUGUGGCCUGUAUACCGGACGACACGCGGGAAGGGCCUCUGCUGCACGGCCCAGUUUCAUUCAGAUGCAUCGGCUUGGGGCCACAGAUCAUAAUAUUGCUGAGUUUAACAGGCACUGUACUAUGACAAGGAUGGAGGGAAGAAGGAGAAGAACAGAUAGAAGAACAAUACAUCUGAACUUGCAUCCCUCUCUCAGUUCAUUCUAUCCUCUCUGGACAUCAUCCACAAUACACGAGGCCUUUGGCUUACAAAGCACUUGUGUUUAAUAGAUACUGAUACAAUACAUAUAGGCUUACUAUACUAUAAAACUGUUGCUCUAUUAGUCAGCACCCUAACUGAACUGUGGGUUGCUAUCUUCUGCAAUGCAGAUUUUCACAUAUUAAUACUAAAACCUGUAAUCAUACUUAAAACAUUUGUUUGUUUGACUGUUUGUUUUUGAUAUGAUCUUAAGAUAGAGGUUGGCCAAGCAUAGCAGUCUAGAUCAAGCUAAUUCUGGUUUGCGGUAUCAUAAAAGAUGUAGUUUUAAUCAAAAAGAUUAACGUACAGUAACACAUUUUUCUAGUGCACAGAGAGCAACUAUGCAAUAUACUUUCAAUGUUUCCCAAGGCACCCACCCGUAAUAUUUUGGAACAUUGAAUAAAUAAGUGCUCAAACUCAGCUUAGACUUUAAUUGAAGGGCAAGUGAACACAGAACCCUUAAUAACAGAGAGGAACUCCUUUGAACUAAUUACAAAUCCCAAACAGAUUCUCUACGUGGCUACACAGAUAAAACUACAGAUAGAUGUUCUACUCGUGAGAUGUUGCAGAUGUGCUUUUGAUAAAGGAUGGUCACUGAUAUUUUCCAGGAUUGUUGACUCAUCACCACCAACACUUAUACAUGGAGGUAUUGGCAAACUGUUACAUUGGAUGAUGCUGUAUUCAGUCAUACAGGUUGGCCAUUGAACCAGGGGGCAUACAGUGGGUAUCAUAAGUAUUCAUACCCCUUGACUUCUUCCACAUUUUGUUGUUUUACAAAGUGGGAUUAAAAUGGAUUUAAUUGUCUUUUUUUGUCAACAAUCUACUCAAAAUAAUAUGUUAUUGUGGAAGAAAAAUUCAAACAUUUGUAAAAAAAAUACAGUAAUAUAUCUUGAUUAGAUACAUAUUCAACCCCCUCAGUCAGUACAUGUUAGAAGCACCUUUGGCAGUGAUUACAACUGUGAGUCUUUCUGGGUAAAUCUCUAAGAACUUUGCAUACCUGGAUUGUACAAUAUUUGCACAUUAUUCUUCUUAAAAUUCUUCAAUUUGCAAGUCUUGCCAUAGAUUUUCAAGAUGAUUUAAGUCAAAACUGUAACGAGGCCACACAGUAACAUUCAAUGUAAUCUUGGUAAGCAACUCCAGUGUAUAUUUUGGCCUUGUGUUUUAGGUUUUUGUCCUGUGAAAGUUGAAUUUGUCUCCCAGUGUCUGUUGGAAUGAAGACUGAACCAGGUUUUUGAUAGAGGAAUUAAAUUCCUAUAUGUUUAAUACCCAAUUAAAUUAAUACACUCAGCCCAUUUCUAAGGAUUUGUAAGAAACUUAUUAGCAUAAAAUGGGCGGAGACAAGUCUCAAAAUCAAGCACUAGCGUUUAUUCUCGAGAGUAUUGAACAUGAUACAAUUUACAACAGGUUAUAAACUGAAAAUUACGUCAUUAGGUUUCGAACUGUCCCGUCUCUCCUCCACUCCGGUACAAUGGCAGUAUAGUUCUCAAGCCUUCCUACAUCGUCUCUCACCAAUUUAGAUUAUUUAUGACCAAGCCAAGGUCUUCCUGUGUAGAUAAGCAUUCUAGCCAGUCUGACGAUAGAUUCAUUCGUUUCUACCAAGGAACAGACAGUCAUUGUUCUAAUUCUUGAUUAUAAUUACACACAUUAUUUUCAGUACUAGGAUUAAAAGAAUAUUCAUAGAUCUAUACAGUAACAUAAUAGUAUUCUGAUUAGUCAGUCCUGAUUGAAAUGUAUACAUAAUUAGCCAUUAUUGAUAUUAAAAAAUCCCUUAACAUAUCCACCCAAUGAUUAAAUGUUAUACAUCCAAUCACACAUCCAGUUUUAUUAAAAUAUUAAAAAGCAUACAUCUAUUUUUAUUAGAAAUAUUUCUUGUUAUCAAAAUACCUUCUAACAUAAACCAAUACUUGCAUUCACCCUGACUGUUUUUAGGCCUACAUCAGAAUCAUAACUCUUCUUAUCAGGAUUUUCGUUACAAUCUUCAUCGAAACAAGAUACAACCUAACAUCUCUAAAUAUCAAAAUGGUCUAAUCAAGACCUAAGUUCCUCGCAUAUGAAGAAUCAGGAUUCAGUCAUCUAUUUAGGUUUGAGGCAUGUAUUCAUCAUUCCACUGGUCAGAUCUUGGAAUCAGUCCGUACCGCACCAUCUGUUUUCUCAUUGAUUUCUCCAGAGUCCUGGAAAUGAGACCUCAUACACAGGGAAUUAGACAAAAGCUACACAAAACUAAAACAGUCACACAGGUGAAGGUAGCCCAUAACACAGUGAUCAUAACAUUUUUCAAUUUUCCAAACAUACUAUCAAACCAAUUAGUCAGAGAAGUAUCCACCCCAGAGUUUUCUGCCAACUCGUUAGCCAGGGUGGUCAAACCAGCUAAGGCUUUGGUCACUGAUUCGUCCGGAGCUGUGCCAUCGGGGAACAAACCACCCACUCUCACCCUUUCCAGCCAACAAACAUAUCCAAUACUAUCCUAUGUAAAUUCUAUUGUUAAAAGUUCCAGACGGAGCACUCUCUCUCUCUCUUCUACCUGGCUCUAGGUCUUUGUGUUUGAUAAGGGGAAAGGCAUGCCUAACUGCACUAGUUGCACAACUACCGGUCCAAUCAGUAGGCAGGUUAGGCCCCAGUCUCACACCUCCACAAACCACCAGACAUCCGUUCUAGGCCUUUUAUCUUACUAAAGUCCUCAGACCCAGGUCCCUCAUUGUCUUGUCAACUGUAACAUUCUCUGUCCUAUUGCAUGUUCUUACUUCCCCUACAUCCCAUCCGUUUGUGAUGUAGCGAGCCAUACAAUAAUAAUGUCCUCCUGUAACUGUGAAAGGGGGAAGCCUGGAUGCGAUGGACACAUCGAAGGGAAGGGAAACCUAAAAUAAUGCAGAUCAAUGCAACUGUCAUCGUCUGGCUUCUCCGGCCUUCAAGAACAGCUUUACCAUACAGGCCAUUCCCCUGGGUGAAUCAAUUCCAUCAAAUGGAAAGGGGAUGGUAGUCAGCUGAGGUUUGGCUGUGGCACAGGCAUAACAUUCUUCUUUAGCUACUGAUAUGGCUGUAUAGUGGAUCCAAAGGUUAGAAUCCCCAUUACCAGUUUCUACCUCAAUCACUUCAUUCAGAUCUUUCGUCUUCACUAUCUUCACCGGCCCUUGGCUCUGGACUACUCUGCUGUCAGUGUCUGUUGUGUCAGGUACUCUGCUUGUAUUCCUGCUGACGAUAGAGUUACCACCUGGCCUAACCUCCUCUACCCGUAACCGUACUAGGGUGUCGACCGAAAACUGUUAAAAUCCAACAUACCAUAACCCUAGAUCCUCUUUCAUUACUUUUUUAAUGAUAAGGCGUAUCUCCAGAUUACAGUCAAAAACUCUCACCUUCACUAUACUCCACCUUCUUCCAUACUUGGUGAGUGAAUUCAUAGAGCCCUCUCUCUCCGUAUGAGCUAUGACCUGUGUCCACGACCAACAUGGGGACCUGCACCGAUAUAUACCAUAAUGGCUCAGAGUAGUACACUGCCAUGUAGUUAGAGACCCCAUUUGGUCUACAUAAAACUCCAUUGAGACAUCCUUCCCAACCUCUACUCUUAACUUCCUGUCUACCCAGAUCUAGGGAUCUCUUAUGCUUGUUUGGAACAAAAUCCUCAUCGUCUAAACCAUGGGUCAAAUUACCACUCUCCGCAUACUCAGGUGGGACGUGGUGUAUCAGGAAUAUGGCUCCCACGAUAAGACAGCACUCCGGUGAAGCCCCACCCUUUUCCCGGAAAACAUAUCAGCAGCAAGAGGCCAAGACACACUUUCACUUAUAUGAACGCUCACAGCAGGGAAAGGUUGGGUAAAAGGGAAGUCUUCAGUAGGAGUGUAACCCCCGUAUCCUGUUGAUUACGGUUCUGCUCCUACCCCUAUGAUUGUUCGUCAGUGUCAAUGUGUCCUACCCUCUUACAAUGUGUGAUAUGCUACCCAAAUUGCUCUUUCAGCUAUCCUCAUCUUGUAGGCAGUCACCAGGAGUACUUGGUAUGGCCCCACCCACCGUGCUGCUUCCCGUCUAUCCUCAUCGCGUAGGCAGUCACCAGGAGUACUUGGUUUGGCCCCACCCACCGUGCUGCUUCCCGUCUAUCCUCAUCGCGUAGGCAGUCACCAGGAGUACUUGGUUUGGCCCCACCCACCGUGCUGCUUCCCGUCUAUCCUCAUCGCGUAGGCAGUCACCAGGAGUACUUGGUUUGGCCCCACCCACCGUGCUGCUUCCCGUCUAUCCUCAUCGCGUAGGCAGUCACCAGGAGUACUUGGUUUGGCCCCACCUACCGUGCUGCUUCCCGUCUAUUCUCCUCGGGGACUGAAUUGAGUGAAUCACCUUAUCCUGUAGUUCACCUGUAGUGCAUAAAUCUUGGACAUACAGGUUUGGUUAACAAACAGUUUCUCAUAUGUUCUAUCUGAUUAUAUCUUUAACUUCUAUGCCUACUUGUUAGCUAAAAAAAAAAUAUAUAGAUUUUUAUUAUUAGUACCGAGGAGUAUUUUUGUUUGCUCAUACAGGAUCAAUAAAGGCCUAGUUAAAUAUUUGUGUGAUUUUUUAAAAUGUAUUUAUUUAUCAGGGUGUGAUGCAGCACCCCUACUUCCAGCAGCUAUGAUAUAUUUGUAGUGACUGGGUGUAUUCAUACAGCAUCCAAAGUGUAAUAACUUCACCAUGCUCAAAGGGAUAUUCAAUAUCUGCUUUUGUUUUACCCAUCUACCAAUAGGUGCCCUUCUUUGUGAGGCAUUGGAAAACCUCUCUGGUCUUUGUGGUUGAAUCUGUGUUUGAAAUUCACUGCUCAACUGAGGGAUUUUUUGUAUGUGGGGUACAGGGAUGAGGUAGUCAUUCAAAAAUAAUGUUAAACACUAUUAUUGAGUCCAUGCAACUUAUUAUGUGACUUGUUAAGCCUAAAUUUACUCCUGAACUGAUUUACGCUUGCCUAAACAAAGGGGGUGAAUACUUAUGCAACAACUAGAUUUUAGUUAUUUAAUUUGUAAACAUUUGUAAAAUUGUAUUUUCACUUUGACAUUAUAGAGUAUCUUGUGUAGAUCACCAUUACAUCUAUUUCAAUCCCUUUGUAACACAACAACAUUUAAAAAAUCUAAAGGGGAUGAAUACUUAUGAUACCCACUGUAGGUCUGCAGAGGAAAUAUAAAUGAGUCUACCAAAUACCUUUGACCAUGUUCAUACUGUACUGUGUGUAGAUCUGUUCACAGUAUCUGGCUCUGUUUACUGCUGGUCUCUGCUGCCUCCCUGUGGAAGUUGUACUGAUGUGUUUCAGAUCUACAUUUUUAAAUGCGUUCAAGGUUCUAGGUUGGUUCAUAUUCAAUAAAUUGGGAGUUGUACAUCAGUUAAGACA